AUGAACCGACCCAAGGGAUCGGUACAGAAAGAAAUUGUCACAUAUAUGUUUGCGUCUAUGUUAAACAUUAUCGUUGAAUCAUGGGAGGUAAUAGGUCAAGAUAAGAUAGAAGAGAACUAUCUAAACAAAGAAUUCGAAAAUAUGUCCGGAAGUUUUAUAUUUCCGUCCAAGAAGAAAAAACCUAUAGAUAAGAACUCUAAGUUAAAGAGAUCGAAAACGGAAUUAUUUAACGAAACACAGGGACACUUUAAAGACAAUGAGAUUAAUGGAAGGGGUUUAAUGAAAUGGAAAGAUGAUACUUGGUAUGAGGGCGAUUUUGUUGGAAACCUGCGUCAAGGACACGGCUUGUAUGUUGAUUCUCGCGUGCAACGUUCUUACAUUGGACAGUGGUACAGCGGGACGAAACAUGGACAAGGAGUCAUAUACUACUCUGAUUCAUUCAAAAAUUCAUACGAUGGCCAAUGGCUUCAUAAUGUACGACAUGGAUAUGGAUCAAGAGAAUACUGUCCUCUUAGUGGAUAUGAAGGAGAGUGGGAUCUAUACGCUCGAGAAGGGAAAGGCUUAAUGAUAUGGCCGAAUCAUGAUUGGAUGAAAGGGCAACGUCACGGAUGUGGCAUGUUAAAUUUUGGCUAUGAUUUUGGAGCGCAUUACGCCGGAGAGUUUGUCUGUAAUCAGAAACAUGGGAAAGGGAUGUUAGUUUCCAAUAAUGGUUUUAUCUUACGAAACAAACAAUUGUUUCAAGAUGAUAACCUUAGUGCGUCUGUACCUGAAGAUAAUCAUAACUGGAAACGCGAACACCUUCAAGGACUCUAUAAAUUUGACAUAAGUAGUAACUCCGUGGAUCUUUGUUAUCAUAUUGAACAGGCUAUUAAAGAUAUAGAAAAACAACAACAAAACGAUGGUAUGGAUGGUAAAGAGAUAUCAAGGCAUCAUAUUUCCAGUGAUUUGAUUAAUUUUGAGUUAAGGUCGUUACGAAAGUCAUUGCAAUAUUAUGAAACUGAUUUAAAAAUAAUUUAUUACAAAUAUUGUACAAUAUGCAACACAAAUAAAAUAACAUUUACUCCAGUGUUGAUGCGCCUUUACUUAUGGCAAAUAUAUUAUGAUUGUGGCAUUCAUGAAAAAGGACUUACGUUAGUGGAAAUUGAUAAUAUAUUUUGCCAAAACCCAAAAUGGCUAGCGCGUUCUCCACACGACCCAUUCGAGCCAAUAUUCUUUUGGCAAUUUCUUCACAGUUUGUUAUCUAUUGCCAGUAAAUUAUACGCUAAAAAACAAUUACCGGGUGCAAAACCCGACACAAUAUUGGCAAACGCAUUCAGAGCAUUCAUGGAAAAGGAUAUAUUGCCUGGAGCGAAGCAACAGAGAGGGCUGCUUAUCAACGGUUUCUGCAAAUUUAUUCCUUUAAAGAGUCUUUACAAUUUAUAUCUAAGUUUGGGAGAACCACACACUUUAUUAACUUUCCUACGUGCAGUGCGUCUAUCACCUCAUGAAGAAGAAUAUUCUCAACUACCUCUCGAGGAAACAUCUGAUCAUCUUCCCCUUGGACGCAAUGUUAAUAUUUUUGGAGACGAAAUAAUGUAUGUUUUAGAAUUUUUUGAAGUAUUUGUCGCAUGUGCUAUUAAAAGAGUUUGUGAAGACGAAAAGUAUCAAUUGUGGGAAGAGUUUCCAUUGCAAGAUUUCGGUAUGAAAGCACCUCCCCAAACUCCAAAUGAUUUUUAA